UUCACCUGCUAUCCAUUGGAUAUGAAGGAAGCUCUCAGCUUGGAUUCGAUCCCGGAGGAUUUACCCCAUGUCCUCAGCCUGCAGGAUGGAGUCUUCACCCUGGCCGAUCCCUCCGGGUCGCCCCUGCCCUUCAUCUGCCCCACCAGCCACACCGAGUACUCGAGAGAUAUGAAGAACUUACUGGAGAUCAUCGCCGAUGGGCCAUUGCGGACCUACUGUAACCAGCGGCUGAAGAUGUUGGUGUCUCGUUUCCACCUUCACCAGCUGGCCAAUGAGAAAAAGGAGUUUAUCGACCUGCAGGAGGCUUCCCACAGUGACUUCUACAACGUGGCCAAGGUCGACACGCACAUCCACGCUGCGGCCUGUAUGAACCAGCACUCUCUGCUGCGUUUCAUCCACCACACUUACGCGAUAGACCGGGACCGGGAGGUUCACCAAUCCCAGGGGCAGACCUUCACCCUGGGGCAACUAUUCCAGAGGCUCGACCUCGAUCCCGACCACCUCGACAUCGACGCCCUCAACGUGCACGCGGACCGGGAGACCUUCCAGCGGUUCGAUCGCUUCAACGCCAAGUACAACCCGGUGGGGGCGAGCGAGCUGCGGAGACUCUACCUCAAAACCAACAAUCACAUCAACGGAGAAUAUUUUGCCGGGCUGAUCAAGGAGUAUGCCGAUUCAAUGGACGACGCCUCAAACCAGUUUGCUGAGCUCCGGAUCUCCAUUUACGGCAACAGCCCCGACGAGUGGAACCAGCUGGCCGCUUGGUUCUUCGACCAGAGAGUCUGCUCGCCCAAGAUCCGCUGGAUGGUGCAGGUCCCACGGAUCUA